AUGCUCGACAGAGAAGAAAUUGAGAAACUAGAAGAAGUUGAUGUUAAUAAGACUGAUACGGUUACAGAGGAUGGGAAUGUCUUUACAUCGUUGGUUGCAGAAAUUCAAACAUAUGCACAAGUUAGGAACUUGUACAAAAACGUCUUGCGCAAUCAAGAUUAUGCUUGUGCUAAUCAUAACAUUUUAGUGUAUAGGUUCAAAGAUGCACAGGGGCGAGUUCACGAUGGUUACUGUGACAACGGGGAGUAUGGAGCCGGGCGUCGAAUGCUGAAGGUACUUGUUAGUGCGGAAGCAUCAAAUACUGCAAUUAUUAUUUCGAGGAAAAAUGCCAGGCAUUUGGGACCCCGUCGCUUUGAAAUUAUGAGUGAACUUGUCAAAAAAAGCGGUUAG